UGUUGUGACAGCCUGCUCAAUGUGAAUCGAACGAGUGGCAACAUGGAUUUAUACGCCUGCUUGAUAUUUCGAGGAUUUUAAAAUGAUUAUAUCUGUGGCGACUGUUUUUACACAAUCAUGAAUUUAGUUUGACCAUUUCUUUGUUCAAUGUCACAUCAAACUUCGCCCGGAUGAACCUGCUGUUAUCAAAAUACAGGAUAUUAGGCAAAAAAGGUGAAGGUACCUUUUCUGAUGUACUCAAGUGCCAAAAUACCAAAGAUGGGACGUAUGUUGCGUGUAAAAAGAUGAAGCAGACAUAUGAAAGCUUGGAUCAGGUGCAACACCUGCGUGAAGUCCAAGCCAUGCGACGUCUCAACCCACACACGAAUGUCCUUGACCUUCUAGAAAUUAUCUUUGAUAAGAAGUCGGGAACGUUAGUCCUGGUUGUGGAGCUCAUGGACAUGAACAUGUAUGAACUCAUUAAAGGCAAACGGCAUUACCUACCAGAAAGAAAAGUGAAGCACUACAUGUACCAGCUAAUCAAAUCUAUAGAACACAUGCAUAGGAAUGGCAUCUUUCAUCGAGAUGUAAAACCAGAAAAUAUACUGAUAAAGGAGGAUAUGCUGAAACUAGCUGAUUUUGGGUCCUGUAGAAGCAUGUAUUCUAAACAGCCUUAUACAGAGUACAUCUCCACAAGAUGGUACCGUGCCCCGGAGUGUCUGCUGACUGACGGCUAUUACACAUACAAGAUGGACAUGUGGAGUGUGGGAUGCGUCUUUUUCGAGAUUCUCAGUCUUCAUCCGCUGUUUCCUGGCUCCAAUGAAGUCGACCAGAUUGCAAAGAUUCAUGACAUUAUGGGUACACCAGAAAAUGCAGUGCUGAAGAAGAUGAAGAAUCGCUCAAGAGGAGCUAGAUCUCGCGGCAUCAGCUUUAACUUCCCCCAGAAGCAGGGUACGGGUGUCGAGCGACUCCUGCCCCAUGUAUCCCAGGAGGCAGUAGCACUCAUCAACAUGAUGUGUACAUACGACCCUGAAGAAAGGGUCACGGCACAUCGGGCCAUCAAACAUGGUUAUUUCAAAGAACUGAGGGAGGCAGACAGACGAGCUGCAGCUCUUGCCCAACCCCGCCGUAGAGAUGAGGGAAAGAAAUCUGAGCUCCAUGAACGCCCUGUUCGGGACCGUGACCGGGACCGAGACCGAGAACGAGACAGAGACAGAGACAGAGAACGAAACCAUGAGCCGGUUGAAACCAUAGGCGAUAAAAAGAAGGAACCAGUCGUACAAGACGAGCGACCUUCUGAAGUUGUGAUGUACCCUAUACGAGCAACCAAAGCACAGUCCAAUCCAGCCAAGGGGCGGCGACAGCGGCACCACAAUCUCCGGCGCUAUGCAGAAAGCCAGCAAUAUCCAAACCACACAGGGCUGCUGCCUCGAGUGACAAUGCAUCACCCCACAUACAACCCCACAUACCACAGCACUUCCAUGCCAGCAUACCAUCCCAAGCACUUUGAGGGUCCAUCUGGGGGGUUACCAGCCAUCAAUAAUGUUAACACUUUUAAACCACACAAGGCUCAGUCCAAGCCCAUCAAGAAUCUGUUCACAUACACGCUACCUUCAGUUGACAGACAAUAGGCUACAUCCUAUUCAAGGGGAGAGCACUCUCAUACACUACAGCAACCCUGUCAUGUGACCUGCAGUCAGGAGAACAUGUGCACACCACCAAGCCUGCUGCUCUGGUUCAGUCUGGAUGGAAUUGGUGUGACAAGGAGUAACCCAUAACAACCACACUGAUGGAGAUGAGUCAAUUAUUAAACUGCAUAUACAGUAUAUAUGACUUCAUAGAACUGUAGAAAAGUUGUGAUAUCACAGAUGAUGCCUCUGUUAAACUGUGAUAAAAGCAGAUAGCAAAUUCUGUUUCACCUGGGACUUGUAGCAGAUGCAUUCUAUGUCUUUAUGCAAAUGAGAACAUAAUGAAGAUGGAUCUUAUUCGUUCACAAAAAAGCUCGAUGUAUACUUUGGUGUAUUUCAGAACUCUUCUCUUUUGAUUAUUUGCUAAUGACAUUGUAGUGUUGCUCCUCAUCUGGAGGUCACUUUGUUGUCUGGCUGCACCUUAGAACCUUACACAAAUAGAAGAAGACGAUGCAGGUCACCUUCACAGAAUAUUUGCCUCUACCAAACAAAUAUAGACAAUUCUGUUUCAGUAUUAUGGUUGAACACAAAACUAUUUUGUUCACUAGAUGGAGUAAAUUUGUCAGCUUGUGUCUGUGAGAAUAGCUCGGAACUUCCAUAUCCUGUCAUUGUGCUGAGACAGAUUUCUGACUUGUUCUCAUGAGGGUGGGAAGGGAAUCUGGUAGAUGUUGUCAUGCAGGUGGUCCAAUGUCUUAAAGGUAGCCUUCUGUCUAUACUUCCAUUACCCUCCCUUUAUUACAUCAUAGCCAGUGUUCUUGAUAUUUGGUUAGGAUCACCCUGCUGUGAUGUUGCUGGAAUAUUGCUAAAAGUGAUGUAAAACCAUACUCACUCACUUGCUCGCUUGCUCACUCACUCGCUCACUCGCUUAAUCACUCCCUCGCUCACUCACUCACUCACUCACUCUAAAGUAACAUGUGACCUGUGUCACACUAUGGUUACUUUCAUCGAUGUGGGGAUCACAUUAAAACCAGCCCAUAGAAAUGUGGACGAUGUGAAGUACAGCUGCUAUCUUGGCUGCUUGUUAUAUAAACACUUCUUGCAAGGACUUGUGGGUAGAAACACCCAUUGAUGCUAGGUGCAUCUUCCCGAGGCAAGGGAGUAUCUGACUUUAUAAGACCAGUUUCCACCCUUUCCAAACUAGGCUGGAAUUUCUUGGCUCGAUCGUAGCACCACCAGUGGCUACAUAGACUUAUUAGUCCA